CUCAACAAUGAGCCCCUCGAUCCAAAUGUUGCUGGGAUACUGCAGUGGUUCAGCUAGCCAGUGAGUAGAACUAGCGGUGGGGGUGGAAAACAGGGGAGGGUCUACCGAGCGGGUAUGGUGCUGCUCGGGGUUAACUACCGAACUGUGUUGUGAUCGUAUUACAGAGAGGGAAAGGUUGCCUGCAAUGGCAUAAUGCUAACGCGCAGCGAGACGGAGGCUGAUACGUUGGAUUUCCCCAUCAAGAGGAGUUUGCCACAGUGCGCUAUUUAGAUAGGUUCGGAAAGGCUUUACAGACAGUUAUGACACAAUGCCAUCUACAUGGACUUUCGAGAGCUGCGGUUUUUAGGCUGUGAAUUUGGACAUUAGCUGCACGCCUCUAACGGACUAGCGUGUCAAAGCUAAUUUUAUCGUUUACCAUGGGCGAAGGUUCAACCGAACAGGACGCCAAGGCCAAUCGGGUGAAAACACAUAUUUGUUUGCUCGGUGCAAUGUCUUGGCCAUAGUACUUGACCGUCAGCAGUGCCGAUAUCCGAAAGCGGAGAGGAAAUUCAGUGCAGUGUGUCCAGCCUCCAUUACAGCGGAUGGCCACAACAGCUGGGGGUUGGAUUACGGCUUUUCUGUACCGAAUAUAAUGUUUCAGUAUAGUGACACACCGUGUGCAUCUACAAAAAUAGCCAAGGGUUGGACUGUGAUCAUGCACCGGUGAAGGAGGCAGCAGUAUUUUGAUUGUCUUGUCGGCGGCACAUUUUUGCGGUGCUCACGCCAAUCCUCAGGCGUGUCCCACUCCACAGUGCCAUUUUGUGUCCAAGGAAAGUAAAAGUAUCAUCAAUCAUGUUUUCGGUCCGCAUUGUCAAUGCUGACUAUUACAUUGCCAGUCCUAUUAAGGAUUUGGACGUGUGCUAUUCGGAAUUCCGAGAAAGUGGAGUGAGGAAGGUGCCAGUUGUUCGAGUCUUCGGAGCAACACCUGGCGGCCAGAAGACAUGUCUGCACCUGCACGGCGUCUUUCCCUACAUCUAUGUGCCGUACGACGGGCCGCAGGGGGCGGGGCCACAGCAGCAGCAGGGGCGCUACCUGAGGCAGGUGGCCUUCAGCAUCGACCGAGCCCUCAACGUGGCCAUGGGAAACCCCUCCUCUGGCAACCAGCACGUCUUCAAGGUCACGCUGGUGUCCGGCAUGCCAUUCUAUGGCUACCACGCCAAAGAGAAGCCCUUCAUGAAGAUCUACCUGUACAACCCUCAGAUGGUCAAGAGGGUGUGUGAGCUGCUCCAGGGAGGUGCGGUGAUGAACAAGAGUUUCCAGCCGCACGAGGCCCACAUCCCCUACCUGCUGCAGUUCUUCAUCGACUACAACCUCUACGGCAUGAACCUCCUCAACCUGGGGGCCGUCAAGUUCAGACGACGCCCAAAACAAGCUGGAGAGGAGUCAACGCUGGCGGCAGGCAGUCAAGGUCCCAGCAUGCCCUGGAACACCAACACGCCCAACAGCUCCAAGCUCUCCGAGAGCGUGCUGGGGGGAACCUUCACCCGAUGGGACGAGGACGCAAUUCCCUGUUCUCUGGUGUUGGAGGAGGUCACUAAGCAGAGCACAUGUGAACUGGAGGUGGACGCUGUGGCUGUGGACAUCCUGAACCGCCUGGAGAUUGAGAAUCAGAUCGGGAGGAAUCCAGGACUGCAGGCCAUUUGGGAAGACGAGAAGCAGAGGAGGAGAGAGAAGAACGAGUCUUCCCUAAUCGAGACGCCCGAAUCCCAAGACCGUGGGCUGCUCGACGCUGCAGAGAGCGAGAGGAUCUUCAUGAAGAGGUUCAAGGAGAUUCUGCGGGAGAACGAGUUCAAUGUGACCCAGUCUGGAGUGGCAGGUGACAGCGAGGAUGAGGAGCCGUUCCCCAGCCUGACUCUGCACCCCAACGACCUGCUGAGCCCAGAGCACCUGCACAUGGGGGCCCCGCCCGCCAGCCAGGUGGACACACACACCGACACGCCCACAGACACUAAGAAAGCAGGUGGGCGAGAGGCUGACUCGGCCAUUGUGGAUGAAGAGGCCCUGCUCAGUCUCCUGGAGAACAGUCAAACCUUCCUCCCCCUUUCACAGCACUCCCCCAACCAGUCACAGGAGGACAGUCAGGACCAAGUGUUGGAUGAACUGCUGGCGGGCUUCGAGGACUCCAGGUUCCAGACAGAGCUGGGCAGGCAGGCGGCUGCCUUCGGGAACAGCGGCAGCUGCCCGUACAACAGUGACGAGGAGGAGGCGGCUCCGGAGCUGGAGAAGGAAGAGGCGGAGCUAAGUGUGAUGAUGUCACAGAGGUGGGACACUGACGCGCCAGAGCAGUCGUCCAGACAAAGCGUCUGCCUGAAGGACAAGGGAGAGAGCUCUAGUGAGGAGCAGCAGGAUUCUUCAGAGGAGGAGAUGGACUGGAGUGGAAACAACUCCAUCUUCAUGGACUUCUCCAUCCCCCAGUUAGACGGGGCUGCGGAUGAGAACAGUGAUGGCUCACCAAAAGACAAAAGCUCGAGGAAUCACUCGUCGCUGACGGCAACUGACCAGAUCCUUGCCAAGCGGAAUCCCUUUCAGAGUGACGCUGUGCACAUGGAGCCCCCGUCCUCCGCCAAAAUCCUCUUGGAGUGCACACACCCCGAGCACAGGCAGGCCCUGUCCCUCGACAGAGAGGAGUCCUUAGACAAGCACUUUAUCUCCAAAGGCUCCAUCGCACAAGAGAGCAGUGAAUGUUUGACAGGAUUUAAAGUUAAUAAAGAGAAACCUUACAUCCCACCGGUCAAACACCCCAUCCCCUGCAGUAUGGCCAACAGCAGGGCAACAGAAGUGUCACCCAUGGGGGUGGAAACCAUGGCUAUGCAUCCCCUGUACAGCUAUGAGAACAGUGCCAUCGCGCUUAACAAGGCAGACCCAGACAGUCUCGCCUUUGGGAACGGAAAAAUCACCCAGAGUCGGAAAAAAUACAGCAGUAUUAAAAGCAGCAUGGAAAAGAACCACUUGUCACUGCUCCAAAACCACAGGAGCUUCUCGCUGUGUUACUCGGAGCUAAUGAGCUGCCCCACCACGGCAGACAUCGAGCUCAGCCAGAAGGACUGCAAAAGCCCCGUACCCAGAGGCCUGGAGCAGGCGUCGAGCCCCAUGGAAGAGAGCAUGCUCCUGGAUCCCCAGGAGGGCGAGAUGGGCAGCGACGGGGAGGAAGGGGACGUGGGCGAGCUGAAGAUCAGAUACGAGGAUUAUCAGGAGAACAACAAGACUGAGCGUACCAUCAUGGCUCAACAGGAGGCGCACUAUAAGUUCUUCCCAAGCGUCAUUCUCUCAAACUGCCUCACCAGGCCAGCGAAAAAGAACGUUGUGAGUAAAACUGGAGACGCCUCCUCGCCAAAACCUAGUCAGCCGGAGCCACGGCGGUCGAGGUUGAAGCUGAGUAAAAAGGCGAGCCGCGCUGCCACCCAGAGGAAGGCCGACGCUGUGGACAGCUCACCUCCUCCUGUGCAGCAACCUCCAGAAGAAGAAGACGCUGCAGUCAUCACAGCCAUCCAACCUGUGUCUCCAAAGAGCCAGGAAGCUACAGAGGAGACAGAGAUGGAGACGUCUGAGAUGAAGCCUGAAGAAGAAAGCCCUGUGGCUACCGAACCAGUUGAAGCGCCUGCUGAGGAUCGCCUCACUCCCCUGACUGAGCUACCAGCCAAAGUGGCUUGCACUAAGGUGUCGAGUUUGCCUGGGAGCAAGUACACGUUGAGGACAAAGCGGAAAAUGAGCCAUGACAGUGAGGAAGGGGAACAUUCCAGCACCGCUCUAAAACCGCCCGCUUCAUCCAGUAGCCUGAAAGACGGCUCGGUGCCCAGUGGUCAGGAGUUAAAGAAUCAAAAACGACGAAAGGUUUCCAAGAAAGAACCACCCAUUAUCAUUAAGUACAUAAUAAUCAACCGAUUCAAAGGUCAGAAGAACAUGUUGGUUAAAAUGGCAAAAGUGAAUGCAGAUGAGCAGAGUGUUACCUUAACGCCGGAAAAAAUGCAGGAAUACAAUAAGCUGGCACCUUUGAAAGACUUCUGGCCCAAAGUUCCUGAAUCAACAGCGGUCAAGUAUCCACCCCUUGAACAAAAGACGAAGAAACUCUCAAAAAAGAAAGCCAAAGUUAACUCCAACCCUAAGAAAGCCAACCCAACUGCCCCUCCAAAACCUAAAAGCCGGUCAGGUAGUAAAAGUCAUAAUGUAAAAAAUGGUCAACCUUUACCCAACCUGUCUGCCCCUUGGCCAUGUUACAAUGAUUACACGAAUGACUACUCAAAAGAGUAUUCAGAUGUGAUGUUUGAGUUAGGCUACCUGUCUGAUCGGGCCCCCAGUCCUACGCGCUCAACACCACCUCGCUGUUGGUCCCCUUCUGAUCCACUCAUGGAGUUGAACGAACACUUGAUCAACCCCUACAACGAUCCCUGUCUUGGGGCUCCGUUUCGUGACGCACCCUCAAAUGUGCAGGGCCAGGGGUCUCAAAAGCGCAAAAGUCGAACGGCCAGGCCCAGGAAGACCUCAGGAAGUCCUAAGUCCAGACAGUCUAAGGCCACAAAGCAGUCAGAGCCUCAGCCUGCCAAAGACGACAAAAAGCAGGCCAGUAGUCAAGGCACAUCGAGGAAACAAAAGAAAGAGCCAGAGGUGACCCCUGUUUGUAGCUCUGAUGAACCCACAAGUAAAAACGCCAGAAAGCCUCGUAGAAAGAAGCAAGCAAAUGAAGCGGAAAUAUGCUCCGUUAAGAAUUGUGAAGACAGAAUGCCUGUUAACCAGGAUGCCGUUUUGCCCGCCUCUAAAUCCUCAUCAGUUAAGAGGUCAUCCCCUCAGACAUCAGGAGUGGAAAAGGGAGAAAAUACUUCUGCCGUCGCCAUGGACACAAGCACUGAGAUUGUAGCAACUCUUAUCGAACCAAAGAAAGAGGAAAAUGAGACCAACAUCAGUGAGCCAAACCAAAGCAUAGAGGCGGGUGAUGAGACCCAUAGAAAAACUGAUCAGUCAGAUCCUAUCAGCCUGAGUUCAACUCCAUGCGAGUCAGAGAAAUGCCAAGCAAGUGUUUCUGUGCCAACAUCUGGAAGUAUCGGGUACCCUUGCUCUGUCAUCACAUACAGUAGAUCUGUGUCACAAACGUCAAGCUGUAAGGCUGAGUCUGUGUCCAGCCCACCAAAUCCUUACGAAUUCAAGAGUGAACCAUCAGACCUUGAGGAGGGUCCAGACUCCUCUCAGGUACCUGAUAUCAGUCUUAGAGGUGCGUCGAGGGCGAGAAGGCGCACUUCAAAGAAAAAGCAAAAAGCUGAAGAAACAAACGUUCACUCUGAGGCAGCCGAGAUCAAAUCCAACUCCGAACUCUUAGUGAAUGAGUCUGAGCCAAAAGAUGAAAAACCACUGGCGGCGGGCCCCAAGAAUGGAGAUUCCUCUUUGGCAACUGAAAUGCCUUCGGGACUUGCUGUUUUGAAGGAGCUUCUACAGAAACGGCAGAGAUUGGGACUGACCCAAGAGGAUAAAACUGGAACUCAGACUCAAAAUACCACUGUAUCAGCUGAUACGGUCACAAGCAGUGAUGCCAAGUCAGCAAAGAACAAGAGGGCCCCAUCCACUACUACCCGAAAGCCAAGGGCACCAAAAACUGAAACUCAAAAGGAGAAAAAACCAAGGAGCAGGAAAACUCAAAAUGGCAAGCAGGAAAACGUUAAGGUCGAGCCUCCUAUGUCAGAUGGUAGCCCCACAUUUUUGGCAGACCCUGGAUUUGACAGCUGCUAUUCAAUUGAAGAUAGUUUGUCCCCCGAAGGUCCUCAUAACUACAACUUUGACAUAAAUGUCAUUGGCCAAACGGAGUUCUCCAGUCCCUAUUCAGGUAGUCAGUUUGUGGUCGCUGACAAGAUUCUGCCACAGAAGUUCCUGAGCGAUUUUAAUCAGCAGGCAGUCUCUGCAGUAUCCUUGGGGCUGAAAACCACGGAGGAGAAGCCACUGUCAAGGGAAGAUCAAAGGUCUGUGUCAGAAUGGCAGAGGUCAGGCAAUACCAGUCCAGACCUUUUUGACAAGACAUCAGUUGAAAACGGAGAAAUGAUCUCAGGCAAUAUGUCUUUGUCGUUUCUUGAAUCUGACCGAAGAGGAAAAGACCGAAGAGAACAGCACAGUUUUAGCCACUUUCAGGACUUUCACUGUGAAAAGAGAGACUUCCUCUUUGCACUGGAUUCCUUCAUGCCCUUGACUUCAACUUCAUUUGCAGACAACGGUGCUUCCCCUGUAGGAGACUUGGACGGGAAUGAUGCCACAUCUACAACUCCCAGCAGCUCCCCAUGUUCUGUCAGCUCGCUGUCGCAGAUCAGGGCUUGCAGCCAGGCUCUGAAGGGUGCAGCAGGUGGCCACGUCCUCAAACCCCUCAUGUCUCCACCCAGCCGAGAGGAAAUAGUCAGCACCCUUCUCAGUCUCGACCUGGCAGAGGCCACCUACCAGGAGCCGUUCUGCAGCGACCCCUCUGAUGCUCCUGUAAGACCCAGGGAAGUUGGUGGACGAAAGCUGACCAUCGAGACAAGGCUACCCAAUGAGCUGAAUGAGUUUACCGGGGAUUUGUCUGUGGAGGGUCUUCAGUUUUGGAAGGCUGCAUUUUCAGCGAUGACCAAGCCAGGAUCCCUGGCAACACAUGAAACUGAUGCAUCAGACUUCACCAAGGACCAGAGAGAGCCCAGUCCAUCUUCUAGCGAUCAGAAAGUUAUCCUGAUGCCCUGUAAAAGCGCACCAAGCAGAGAACGAGUGCAGAUAUGGCUGCAAGCGAGGAAACAGUUUGAGCAGCUUCAGAGACAAAGGAAAGCCACAGUGGAGCGAGAGAUGACCGAGCUAGCGAGGGCAAAAAAUAAGCAGCAAGUGGCGGAUUCGCCUAGCAGUGUGGCUGGCUCUGAAAAAGACCAGAGUAAGAGCGAUAAGACCUCUCCAUUGCGGGUGAUCAGGAGAAGAGGCUUAAAACUGGCUAUCACUAGAAGCCAGCUUGAUACGGCGGAGUCUGAAAGCUCCUCGAAGGAUUUGAAGGCUGAGAGGGACAGCUCAUCGCCGGGUCAAAAUGAUGGUGACACCUCAGAACACUCCAUAUCUCCUGACUCGCCAAUCUUGCCGCCUUGGCAACGUACCGUUCUGCCGAGCUGUACCCCAAGGGACCAUGAGACGACGGAGCAGAGAAAAAUCAAACGGCCCCCGGCCUCCCCCAGCCCUGGUGGUUAUCACGAGGAAGACGGCCUCUCUCCUGUGAAUAGGCCUGAGAAAGAGCUUUUCUCCCCAUCUCCGCUGUCCAUGAAGCCCAUGGAUGAGGACAGUCCGCGUUCUUACCACCUGCACAGCACACCAGUCAGCAGGAGGAAGCAGAAUAAGGCAGAGCCAACAUCUACGCCCCCCGGCAGGCAGCCCAUGGCUGAAGAAGAAGAAGGAGAGCUCCUGUCCCAGAGACUGUCACAGAGAAGAGGAAGCCACACAGACGCAUUAAGAAGAGUUCUGCUGACUACUCAGAUGAAGAAUCAGUUCACCGCCAUGAAUGUUAUAAGGAAAGACAACUCUCAGAUUGAGGGACCGUCGAUAAGUAAUUCUUACGGCUUCAAGGUCAGCAUGCAUAAUCUGCAGGAGGCCAAAGCACUACAUGAGGUGCAGUAUCUGACCUUGAUGAGCAUGGAGGUCCAUGCGCGGACACGGCGGGACUUGGAGCCGGACCCCGAGUUCGACCCCAUAUGUGCCUUAUUCUACAGCCUGAGCUCUGACGCCCCCCUGCCCGGCUCCGAGACCAUGCAGACGACCGGGGCCAUAGUGGUGGACAAAGACAGCCACUCCCGGGAGCCAGGUUCCAGAAGCACAGCUCCUCUGCUGGUUCGAUCAGGAGUUUCAGGACUGCAAGUUUCAUACGCCGCAGAUGAGAAGGAGCUCUUCCAAGAAGUCAUCAGCAUUAUGCGAAAGUACGACCCAGACAUCCUGCUGGGGUACGAGGUGCAGAUGCACUCCUGGGGGUACCUCCUGCAGCGGGCGUCGGCUCUGGGGGUGGACCUGUGCCAGCAGCUCUCCAGGGUGCCAGAUGACGCCAAGGAGAACCGCUUCACAGCCGACAAGGACGAGUACGGGGCCGACACCAUGACGGAGAUCCACAUCGUAGGCCGCAUAGUCCUCAACCUUUGGAGGAUCAUGAAGACCGAGGCGGCGUUGACGGGCUACAGCUUUGAGAACGUGGCCUUCCACCUCCUCCACCAGCGCUUCCCCUUCUACAGCCACCGCACCCUCUCCGACUGGUUUGAUCACCUCACUGACCUCUACAGGUGGAAGGCGGUUGACCACUACGUGAGCCGUGUGUGUGGCUGUAUGCAGCUGCUGCAACAGCAGGACAUCAUUGGCAGGACCAGCGAGCUGGCUCGAGUCUUUGGGAUACAGUUCUACCACGUGCUGACCAGAGGCUCCCAGUACCGCGUGGAGUCGAUGAUGCUGCGCAUCGCCAAGCCCAUGAACUACAUCCCGGUGACGCCCAGCACGCAGCAGCGCGCGGGCCAGAGGGCGCCGCAGUGCAUCCCCCUGGUCAUGGAGCCCGAGUCGCGCUUCUACAGCAACUCGGUGGUGGUGCUGGACUUCCAGUCGCUCUACCCCUCCAUCGUCAUAGCCUACAACUACUGCUUCUCCACCUGCCUCGGACACGUGGAGAGCCUGGGCACGAAUGAUGAGUUCAAGUUUGGCUGCACCUCUCUCCGCGUCCCUCCUGACCUCCUCUACGAGCUGCGCAAUGACAUCACCGUCUCACCCAAUGGCAUCGCCUUCGUGAAGUCGUCGGUGCGCAGGGGUGUGCUGCCGCGGAUGCUGGAGGAGAUCCUGACGACGCGCAUCAUGGUCAAGCAGUGCAUGAAGGCCUACAAGGGCGACCGCGCCCUCUCCCGCCUGCUGGACGCGCGCCAGCUGGGCCUCAAGCUCAUCGCCAACGUCACCUUCGGCUACACCGCCGCCAGCUUCUCCGGUCGCAUGCCCAGCGUGGAGGUGGGGGACAGUAUCGUCCAUAAGGCCAGGGAGACCCUGGAGCGGGCCAUUAAAAUGGUCAAUGAGACCCAGAAGUGGGGAGCCCGCGUGGUUUACGGAGACACUGACAGCAUGUUCGUACUGUUGAAAGGAGCCACCAAAGAGCAGGCGUUCAAAAUCGGCAACGAGAUCGCAGAGGCGGUGACUGCCACCAACCCCAAGCCAGUCAAGCUGAAGUUUGAGAAGGUGUACCUGCCGUGUGUGCUGCAGACUAAGAAGCGCUACGUGGGCUACAUGUACGAGAGUCUGGAUCAGAAGGACCCCGUGCUGGACGCCAAAGGCAUCGAGACGGUGCGGCGAGACGGCUGCCCUGCUGUUGCCAAGAUCCUGGAGCGCUCCAUCAAGCUGCUGUUUGAGACGCGGGACAUCAGCCAGGUGAAGCAGUACGUGCAGCGGCAGUGUGUGAAGAUCGUGGAGGGCAAGGCCAGCAUGCAGGACCUGACCUUCGCCAAGGAGUACCGGGGCAGCGGAUCCUACCGGCCCGGCGCCUGCGUACCAGCACUGGAGCUCACCAGACGUAUGAUGGCGUACGACCGGCGUCUGGAGCCGCGUGUUGGCGAGCGUGUGCCGUACGUGAUCGUGUAUGGGGUGCCGGGCGUGCCGCUCAUCCAGCUGGUGCGGCGCCCCCUGGAGGUGUUGCAGGAGCCUGCGCUGCGGCUCAACGCCCACUACUACAUCAGCAAGCAGAUCCUGCCGCCCCUCCAGCGCAUGCUCACCCUCAUCGGGGUGGACGUCUUCAGCUGGUACCACGAGCUGCCCAGGGUGCAGAAGGCGGGGUGUUCGGCUGCAGGUGGUGGUGCUGGUCGUGAGGAGGCAGGCGGUGGCGGUGGUGGCGGCGGCAGGAAGGGCACCAUCUCGCAGUACUUCACUACGCUGCACUGCCCCGUGUGCGACGAGCUGACCCAGCUGGGCGUGUGCGAGCGCUGUAGAGCCGAGCCCCAACGGGUGGCCGUCACCCUGCACCAGGAGCUCAGGCACUGGGAGAGCCAGCAGGAACAGCUGCUCAAGAUCUGCCGGCACUGCAGCGGGAGUGUGGAACGGCAGGUACCCUGCGUGUCCCUGGACUGCCCGGUGCUCUACAAGCUGUCCAGGGUCACGCGUCAGCUGUCAAAGGGGCCCUACCUGCGACAACUCCUGGACCAGUUCUGAUCCCCGACCCGACCCGACCUGCCCGAAGCACACAGCCUCCUCUGGUGCUAAUCUCAGUGGCUGUCAUCAGUCAAAGAGCGCAGUUACAUGCACAGAGUAUUUUCCGAUUUCAAUCGGAAUAUCGUUAGUAUUCGGUUUAAAACAAGCUCCGGAAAUAUUCUGUUUACAUGCGUGGAACGGCGACAUUUGGGAAAUGAAGAAAUGGUGUGUACACGACUUUUGAGAUAAACCAAAUUCUGUCACCAUUCCACUUGCAUGUAACUGUGCUCAAUGUGUUUUUUCCUAAGCUGUCUGUGUGGACGUCUGUUUUUUCAGUGGUGCUUUCAAUUUCAGACUCCCAUUCGUUUGGAGUUUGUGUUUGUGUUUGCGUCAUAUUGACAUGAGUAUUUCUGAAUUCAGUCUGGGGUGGUGAGGGGCUUGGGUAGGUGUACGGACAGUCAGUGUGUUUUGAGUUGGGGUUGGGACGGUGUUGGUUUUAUGCGUUUUGCUGGCUGCCAUCCGCUGCCAUCUGUUGUCCAUCUUUAUUUCUUCAGAUUGAAUUUUUUCCUCUAAUGAACAAAACCGACUGAAGGUGGCCUGAACGGAAAAGGGUCUUACUUCGCUUCAUAUUUCGCUGCUGCAGGUAAAAAAAAACUGACGACACUAAAUGGCCUCAUUGGAGUUAGGGCUUAAAACGUCCAUAAAAAAAAUCAACUCCGACAGAAAUCUGUUCCCUUUUAAAAUAUAUAUAUAUAUUGGACGUACAAUCUUCUUUGUAAAUAUUCCCUGUAAAGAUCCCAAUUUGAACGAUCAAUGUGCAUUUGAUUCCUUUUCUGCUCUUUUUUUCUUUUCUUUUUUUAGAAAAAAAAUUAUUGUACGAUGGUGUUAAAUCAUGGUGAUUAAACACCACUGUUGGUCUUUUGAGUCAGUCUGUUUUAAGGGGGUGCCAUGUGUUUGAGCAUUUCAUCCAGGCCUUGACACUGGUCUGGGUAUUUUUCAUUUCCCGGUAUGUACAUUUUUGUCCAGAGAAUAGUCUUGGUGCUCUGAUGUGUUGGUUCUCAUCAGGAUAAACAAACAAACAAACAAAAAAAGAUGUCAGAGAUACUAACUUUUGGGACUGUUGCAAUACAUUCUUUUGAUAAUUUAUGGUGAGAGUAUAUAUGGUUUCCUUGUGCAUAUUUGUUUUUUUUAUACAUAUUUCUAACGCUUUCUCUACGCUAAACUCUACAUGUUCUCGAAUGAUGUAAAGACGGUUCUGUUCGAUUUCAGAAUGAUUGUAUCCAUGGCUUGUGUAUAUGUAAAGAAAAGUGUGGUUUUGUUUUUAUUGGACCUUUCUGUGGAUGUAAGUAAAAGAUUGGUAUAAUAAAACUUCAGUGUAUAA